CAAAGACGCCUAGGCGGAAGUGGUACGCUGGUGUCUGGCAGUGUGAAGACCUUCCGGGAAGGUGGCGGCCUCGGUGGCCGGCCCGGGAGCAGGACCGGAGGCGGAGAAGGAGGCCCAGCCAGAAAAGGAAAGACUGGACCUAGCAUUGGAAACCAGCAAAGACAAGGUCGCAGACCUUGAAUGUGGCAAAGCAAGAACAAUGGACCUCAAGUUCAACAACUCCAGGAAGUAUGUCUCGAUCACUGUGCCCUCCAAAACCCAGACAAUGUCACCACACAUCAAGUCAGUUGAUGACAUUGUGGUGCUGGGCAUGAACCUCAGCAAGUUUAACAAGCUCACACAGUUUUUCAUAUGUGUUGCUGGAGUUUUUAUAUUUUACCUAAUUUAUGGAUACUUACAGGAGUUGAUAUUUUCAAUGGAAGGCUUUAAGCCCUAUGGCUGGUACCUUACUUUAGUGCAGUUUGCAUUUUACUCCAUAUUUGGCCUCAUAGAACUUCAGCUCAUUCAGGACAAAAGGAGAAGAAUACCAGGAAAAACCUACAUGAUAAUAGCUUUUCUAACUGUGGGUACUAUGGGCUUAUCAAACACUUCCUUGGGCUACCUGAAUUACCCCACCCAAGUCAUCUUCAAGUGCUGCAAACUGAUUCCUGUUAUGCUAGGAGGAGUUUUUAUUCAAGGAAAACGUUACAACCUUGCAGAUGUGUCUGCUGCAGUGUGCAUGAGCCUUGGCCUGAUCUGGUUUACCUUGGCUGACAGCACAAUUGCACCAAACUUUAAUCUGACAGGUGUGAUGCUUAUCUCCCUGGCACUGUGUGCAGAUGCUGUCAUUGGGAACGUCCAGGAGAAAGCCAUGAAACUGCACAGUGCUUCCAACUCGGAGAUGGUUCUGUAUUCGUACUCGAUCGGUUUUGUGUACAUUUUGUUGGGAUUGUCCUGCACUAGUGGACUAGGCCCUGCAGUGGCAUUUUGUUCAAAGAACCCUGUUCGCACCUAUGGCUACGCCUUCCUCUUUUCCCUCACUGGAUACUUUGGGAUCUCCUUCGUUCUGGCCCUGAUUAAAAUCUUUGGUGCUCUUCUUGCUGUAACAGUGACAACAGGAAGAAAAGCAAUGACCAUAGUUCUUUCAUUCAUAUUCUUUGCUAAACCAUUCACAUUUCAGUAUGUAUGGUCUGGCUUGUUAGUUGUCCUUGGCAUAUUUCUCAAUGUUUACAGCAAAAAUAUGGAUAAAAUAAGAUUACCAUCAGUGUACAAUCUGAUGAACAAAGCCAUGGAUAUGAAAAAGUCAAGGACGUUGGCACAGACUGUGUAGGCACUGAGGUAGCCUACUUAAAAUAGAAUCCUAAGGGAGAAAUCAUUAAUCAGUUUCCAAAGGAUUGGGAUAAAAACCAAAGGAUCUGAAGACUGCUGUUGUGUGAGCAGGCAGCGGUUUGUGAUGUCAGCCUCUGCAAAACACAAGCUUGACCAGCUCCGAAACAGUCCAGAGCCGCGCCCAGGACAUGUUUCAGUAAAAUCUGUAUGAAGGAAAGCGCUUGCUGGCAGUGUCCUGCGCAUUUCACUGGAAAUGGACCGUGUUGCAAGACUGAUUGGAAAUUCUUCCAGCGUGCAGCACAGCGCUGUGUAGCAGCGCACUGUUUCGUCUCCAUUCCGUUUUGGUGGUGUUAUUUAAAUUGCUUCUCUGUUAUAAGAGUGAACCGAUGAUUUAAAGUCUAGAGAAAAUAGAAUUCAUUUAUAAAUAAAAUUAUCCUGUGAUUUUUUUAAUACUGUUUUAAUAAAAUUUGUUAUUGAAGAAAA